UACAUGAAGGGCCAGGGAAGAAAGGCCGUUUCCGAUCUUCCGCCAGUUGUCCUUCAACAAUUCUGGGCGGCGUACAAGAGCAGAUACGAUCUGAUUCACCACUGGCAGAAGCCGGAUCUUUCCUAUACCUGCUGGCGCUUCUUCCCCUUCCUUGUUGUCAAAAGGAGCAUGGGGGAGCACAGAGCAGGUCGGACGAAGGAGCGGUACCCCUGGGCGCGCUACCGCUGGCUGGACUCCCUCCUGGGCCUGCCCUCCCAGCGCCAGCGCCUCUUCCUCUCGCACCGCCUGGCCACGAGCCCGCUGUCGAAUGCGGUGGGCGGGGUGGUGUUCCUGGGCACGCCCUUCUACACCAAGACCUGGCAGCGCAACGGCGUGCUGCUGCUGCUGCUCACCAUGUGGGGGUGACGUUCGUGGACAUGUGGGGCUACGUGCUGCUGUGGCGCCUGGUGGUGCUGGCCAUUGCAGGCAAGCUUUCAAGCACCACCACGCCCAGCUACCUGCCCUUCUCCCUCGCUGCUGCUCUUCUUGUCUUCGCUGUCGUCAGUGUGGCAUUGGAGGUGGCUGUAGCACUGCUGUCUCGCCUGCUGGCGCCGUUCAUAAUCUCGGUGGUGCGGAAAGUGAUAGUGACGGUGAGCUUUGGGCUGUCUCCCAAGGAGCUGAGCUUCGCCAGUGUGUUUGUGGACGAGUGCCUCCACCUGGGGCCGUCAUCACACCACGUGGAGCACUGGAACGUGCAGAAACUACUGGCGCUGGCCAAGACGCGAUCGUUGCGGGGGGAGCUGAUGGCGGGGUAUGAGGAUGACAAGUGUGACAUGGGAAAGGCUGUAUUCCGGGAGGGGCUACUUGAAGAGCGGGUGCCUCAAGAGGGCGUAACUGGGAAAGGGGUAGCUGCGGAGGGGUUGAUUGGGGAGGGUAAGGUGGAGGAGGGAAAGGAGCAGGAGGAGGUUGAAGAGAGGGAGGUGAGGGUGAGGAGGCAAGGGGAAGGUGAUGAAAGAGUGGGUGCUGAGGGUGCAGAGAGUGCAGGGAUAGCCUCAAUACAGACAAGUGUGUCAAGACCACAGCAGGGCAGCUGCAUGCAUACAGCUGAGCCCCUUGAUUCGCGAACGGGGCUUUCAGGUACCCACUUGGGUUUGGGGGAGGCCGUGGAGUCAUUUGGUGCCGCCCAACAGCAAAUGGUGGCAGCAGCAGGAGAGGAGGGAGGGCAGGGCAGAGCACCAGGAAGCGUGAGGCGGAGCUUAAGUCGCUUCAGAAGGCGCGUGACAGCAAGGCGCUUCACGGAGCAGGCUCUGCGACAGGGGGGGGAGAGAGGGGAGGGCGGUGAGGAGAUGGGUGAAGAAGGGGGUGAAAGCAAGGAAGGACAAGCGAGGGGAGGGGGCAGUGCAGCAGAAGGAGUUGGAUUUGCAACACGGAGGGGGGGAGUGGGCGAGGCCCCCAUCGAGGGUGCAAGUGAAGAGGUGAAAGGAAAGCAGCAGCAGCGGGGAACAGAGGAGAAGGGGGUGAGGCCGGGGCACGAGGGGCAGCUGAAGACGACAGAAGUGCAGCAUGGCAGCGGCAGGCAGCAGCGAGUGAGUGCGAGAGGCAGCAGGGAGGAGCGGGUGGCAUAUGAAUUCCUGUGGAACGACGGCGCGCUGGAGGCAGCAGCGAGUGAGUGCGAGAUGUACAAGCUGCUGCGCCCGCAGCUGCAGGCCAUCACCCACAACCCGGGCCUCUCCGACCAGGAGUGCGUGCGCCAGGUGAAGCAGCUGUGUGUGAUGAUAGAGGAGCGGUUUGGAGAGCUGACCGGCCAAUUUGACCUCAAUCACGGGGCUUACUUCCUAGAUCCCCGCAUUAUCGGGGCUAUGGUACACUUCCUGGGACACAGGGAGCUCCCUGAUUGGUCCAGGGAGAUCGACACUGACGUGUUGAGGGCUGAAGAAAGGAUCAGGUUUGGGAGACUUGGGCACAGGGGUGCAGGUGCAUAG